UCCAGAUGCUAAGAUAUUACGGAGCUAUGGCUAUGCUUUAAAUCCCCAACUACAAUGAAUCUACCUUCGUUUUCAAAUCAAACCCAAUAUUUUAAGCGCUAAAAGCAGAACCUACGCACUUCCAGAUUUCAAAAAUUGAAACUUCUCACACUCACAAACAGAGUAACUAAACAAUGGGUUGUGUUUCCUCCACGCUGCUCAGCCAGGAAGAAGAGUUCUCCCAAAUUGGCGGCGCCGCCGCUUUCAGCAACCACAUUGUGUCCCUCACCUCCACCACCUACGGCUUGUUAACCCUCGACCCUCCGCCGGCGCAGACCACCACCGUCGCUCCCACGCCAUCCCCGCCGCCAAGGAUAACGCUCGGCUCUCUGUUUCCCAGCCCGCUAUGCGAGCCCCGUUCCCUCCGAUACGAGAGCAUCAAUUCAUGGGACCUUAUGUCUGGCCUCGACGCCGAUCGUAUCUCCCACUCCCCGGCGAUUAAAUUGACCGCUAAUCCCUCGGGGAACGAGGAGAAUGCUUGCCCCAAUGUUAGGGUUUCUAAUUCGUCCAAGGAGGUUAGCGAUUUGGGGAAACCCUCUGCGGUUUUGGAAUUGAUCGAUCGGUAUGAAACGAUUAGGCCGCCGAAUGGGGAGAACAAGGUGGUGAUCUAUACGACGACGUUGAGGGGAGUGAGGAAGACGUUCGAUGACUGCAAUUCCGUGCGGUCGGCGCUGGAGGGCAAUAGGGUUUUGGUAUGCGAAAGGGAUAUUUCAAUGGAUAGAGGGUUUAGGGAGGAGUUGAGGGAGUUGAUGAGUGGGAGAGAGCGUGAGGAGACGAUCCCGCCGCGAGUGUUUGUGAAGGGGCGGUACAUAGGCGGAGCGGAGGAGGUGAUGAGGGUGGUGGAGGAUGGCCUCUUGGAGGAGUUGCUGAAGGGGGUGGAGAGAGCCAGGGAAGGGUAUGUCUGCGAGGGAUGCGGGGGCGGGAGGUUCUUGCCGUGUUUUUCUUGCAACGGGAGUUGUAAGAUGGUGGUGGCAGCGGCAGAGGAUGGAGGGGAGACUGUGGUUGCUAAAUGUAGUGAUUGUAAUGAGAAUGGUUUGGUGCAUUGCCCUAUCUGUACUUGAGCUCUUUGACCUCCUACUUAUCUUAUUUAGGAGUCGCCGAUGUCCCUUACACAGCUGCCAGAGGAAUUUUCACAAUUUCUAGUAGUGAUAUGAAACAGGAAAUAUCAUGCAAUCUUUAAGUUUCUUAUGCACUUUUCUGAUUAGGACAUCUUCUGGAGAAAGCUAACCUACCUGCAUCGAUUAUGUGAUGUUCCUUAUUUGAGCCUCGUGACUUGAAAAUUGUCAUCCAAAUUUAUUCUUUUUCUUAAUCAACUGUUAUAUGAGGCUUUAAAAUUAUCUUUAGGGUGAUAGUGCCAGCCAUUUGUAUUAUUGCCUUAGUACAAUUAUCUGAGGAUCCUUCUUUAUUAAGAUCCAUGGUUGGAUAUUAACUACAGAGAUCUGUAGGGGCCUUUUGAUACUUGAUUGUGAAAAAUUCCAUAAGAAAACAAUAAGUGCUAGUUACAUGUGAUUGCUCUAACACUAAAAUGUUCAAGUGUAACAGCUUGUGAUCUGAAGUAUUUUUUUUACAAGAGUCCAUGUCAUGCCUUAUAACUAGAAGAAAUCGGAGGUCCCAUUUUAGAAGAUCAUUCCAUAAGAAAUGAGGAUGUUAGCUAUACCAUAAACAUGUUGUUGUCGCAAUUUAGUUCUGUUGUCAUGUAACAUGGGCUUGAGAUCGUUUUUAUUUAACUUGGGGGAAGAGGAGAUGUGGGAUUUGAUUUCUGAACCCGUCUGCUUAUAAAGAAAGCCUUCACCGCUUCGAUGUCCCUGAAGGGGCAGACUUGUGAUGGUUUUGAGACAUCAUUAAUGGAAUGAAUAUAUUCCAAACUUCUUACCCCCUGUAGUCCUAGAUUCUUCUGUGUCAAUUUGUUCUCGACUUCCAGUUCUGCUUUUUUGGCGCUUGAUUUUGUUA